GCUGUUCUGCAACAUCCGGCAAGGGACAGAGGUAAAUUACUGACAGAUCAACUUGUGUGUUUUGAGGCCUGGCAGUUGCAUUCUCUGAUUUUAAAUGCCGGGUGACGUGAUACACCUAAACGUAGGUGGAACAAGGUAUUCAACAUCAAAACAAACACUAACAUGGAUCCCAGACUCUUUCUUCACAAGUAUGCUAAGUGGAAGAAUUUCCUCUUUAAAAGAUGAAACUGGAGCUAUAUUCAUAGACAGGGAUCCAAAAUUGUUUUCCGUGAUACUGAAUUUCAUGAGAACCAAGGAAGUUGAAUUGAGGGACAUGGACCUGUCAACAUUACGCCAUGAGGCUGAGUUUUAUGGGAUUACUCCCUUAG